AUGCAGCUGUGUGGCCGUCAGAAACUCGUUCAGCGCAAGAUGGUGCUGCUAGGCGAUGGAGCCUGCGGCAAGACGUCGGCGCUGAACGUCUUUACUCGAGGAUUCUUCCCAACUGUCUAUGAACCCACUGUCUUUGAGAACUACGUGCACGAUAUCUUCGUCGAUGGAACGCAUGUGGAGCUGUCUCUCUGGGAUACUGCGGGUCAGGAGGAGUUCGACCGUCUGCGCGCGCUUUCCUAUGAGGACACCCAUGUCCUGAUGCUGUGCUUCAGUGUCGACAGCCCUGACUCGUUCGAGAACGUAUCCUCCAAGUGGAUCGCCGAAAUAAACGAUAAUUGCCCCGGCGUGCGUGUGGUUCUGACAGCCCUCAAGUGUGAUCUGCGCAAGGACGACGACCAGAAUGAUACCGAUGCCAUCACCUUUGAUCAGGGCCUAGCUAAGGCAAAGGAAAUUGGUGCCGUGAAAUACCUCGAAUGCUCCGCCGUCCAAAAUAGGGGCAUCCGAGAAAGCUUUUACGAAGCAGCCAAGGUCGCCAUGGAGGUCAAGCCUACCGGGCAAUCAACCUCUAGCCAGCAAUGUGUUAUCCUUUAA